UGCCGCAGUCAGUUCGCUAGAUCCAGCGGGAAUGGAAAAUGGAGGACUGACCGAAGAGCGAGGGCAUAUUAUCGGUAUUUCGAGCGUGUAGAUCCUUGUACCAAGACCGAUGAUUACUGGUGCACAGGCUUUGUUUUGUUUGAAAAACAACCGUUUCUCACCUACUGCUGAACCACAGUAGUGAUUGACUCCAUCAUCAAUGGAGAAGAAUGAGAGCCCUGAGCUCUCUCUAGCUCCUGAACCAGAGCAGAGCCAGGACCCUUUGGAUACCUGCUCUCAAGGGUUUGGAGACGGGGCGGGAGAGCAGAUUCCAACAGAAAGCGAGGAUGUGGCCAAAGAGACGUUAGAGGAGCCUGAUGACAAAUCCCCCAAGGCCAACAGUGAAGUGAAGAAGACUUGGUGUUUCCGACGGUCUACUGUCGCAAAGCGAGAGAUGCCGGUGGAGGCGGCAGCCGACGGCAAUGACAGCCGCGGUCCUGUACGCCGGAGCGGCAGGCAGCCGAAGCGCACCGACAAACUGGAGGAGUUCCUCUCGACUGCCAAAAGAGGGCUAAGGAGGAGCGCCCCUCCCAGUCUGGAAAGCGGCGAUCCUCCUUCCCAGACCCCAACGGAUGCAGAGACCGCCUCAGAGGCCAGCUUUGACGGUAACGCCGACGCCAGGGCCUCGGAGGACACGGUGGAGUCCCCAGAGAGGAGGACGAGAAGCAGCACGAGGAAAGAGCUCCAAAGGAGAAGUCGAGGCGGCCGACGGACCCGAGGAGGAGGAGGCGGCCGAGGAGGCGGCGGAGUGGAAGUCAAAAAUGAGGGGAGCUCUGAGAACGAGGAGGACGGCACAGAUGCUGCUAAGAAAGACCAGUUGGCGGAUAAAGAUGUGGAGAAAAAAGACAAAGAGGGUUCUCCCAGUCCGGAAGAUUUAGGGAGCGCCAAGACAGAACAGCCUCAGCCGGAACGGGACUCUGAAGGCAAAGGGGAUGUGGAGAAGAAGGAACACGCAGAGGAAAAUGACAAAGAGGAAACCGGGGAGUCUGACGAUGAGACGGACGAGGAGGGCACAGACAAGCCCAACGCAGUGUUGGUGAAACGUGGACCGAUAAGAACCUACGUCAAUAAAAAGAAGGUCGCCAAUAAGAGCGCGCCAACCGUUAAAGGCGCUCCCGCUGCUACCGCCGCCGCUAACGCCGCCACUGCGACCGCCAUCGCCAUCGCCGCUGCGACUACAAACAAAGUCACUAUUCUGGUCAAGAGAGAAGUCAUGCCUAAAGCGACCCCCCCGGCUCCUGUGUUGGCACAGAAGCCUCCGACGCGAGAGGACAACGACGAUGAGAACGACGAUGAGAACGACUCCUCGACGUCUUCGUCUUCCUCCUCCUCCUCCUCGUCUAUGGAUUCGGACGAGGGAGAUUACGACCCCAACGCCCUUUACUGCAUCUGUCGCCAGAAACACAACAAAAGGUUCAUGAUCUGCUGCGACCGCUGCGAGGAGUGGUUUCACGGAGACUGCGUGGGCAUCACCGAGGCUCGCGGGCGCCUGAUGGAGAGAAAUGGCGAAGACUACGUCUGCCCGAAUUGCACCGCCAAGAAGAACCAGGUGGUCAGACCCGCCACGGCCAUCCUAUCGACGAGUACGGACGUCGGGAAGCUCAAAGCGGCGACUUCGGCGCUCUCUUUUUACGCCGGGACCUCUGCGGAGAAAACCAACGCCGGCGGGGGAGACGCCGGUCUGUCGGCGUUCCAGGCUGCGUUGGCGCCUCCGUCCUCCGCCGCCGGAGCUGAAGAGAAGGGAGCGGAGGACAUGGGCAUCAAGGGCCGGAUAGAGAAAGCUACGAAUCCAACUGGGAAAAAGAAGAUCAAGAUCUUUCAGCCGCAGGCCCUCCAGCAGCCGGCCCAACCAAAGGCAGACCAGAAAGCGGCUCCGACCGUCGACAAGACGGCCGCCCCGACGGAGCCGAAAGCGCCGCCGGACACGGAGGAGAAAGUGGCGUCGAACGUGGAGGUGAAGACGACGCCGCCGCCGCCGUCGGAGGUGCCGAAGGAGAAGGCCGGCGAGGACUCGUCCCUCCCCAAGUGCAUCGGGCCCGGCUGCGAGAACAACGCCCAGCCGGACUCCGUCUACUGUGGCAACGGCUGCAUCCUGAGGCACGCCGCCGCGGCCAUGAAGUCCAUCACGGACGUCAAAGAGCCCACGCAGAUGGCUCGGAGAACCAGGUCCGCGCCAAAGAGGAGCGUCACUGGUGGGAGGAAGAAGAAAGCCCAGCAGGAGUCUGACAGCGAGGAAGACCACAGUGCUGAUCCUGAUGAUGAUGAUGAGGAGGAGGAUGACGACGAGGAUGACGAUGACUACGAAGAUGAGAAUGCCGUGGAACAGCCGCCCCCGCCGGCCACCGCGUCCUGGUCCAGCGACCAUAAUUACAUUGCAGUAACACCAGAAAAGACUACACCCAUAUCACCAACAGUGUUAAACAAAAAGUCCCCCCAGAAAGAAGAGAAGCCGAGCGAGAAGGACCAGAAGGAGAAGGACCCGGUCCCGGCUCCUGAGAUUCCUCCGCCGGCGUCCGCACCGCCGGUCAAAGGAAACAAGAAGUCCCCGGCCACUAGAGCGGCCAAGGUCACCCCGAAGGGCAAGAAGCCUUCCCCGUCAAUCGCCACCACCAAGGGGUCCAGGAAACCCGCGGCGCCCCCGAGUAGAACCGCGGCAAAGUCCAAGAAACAAGGCCAGGUGCCGGCCCACGCCCCGUCUCGCCCCCCCGGCGGUCCGAUCCACGCCACGGGAGCGCUGAGAGUCACCAAGUCCAACUUCACCAUUCCCAAGAAGGCGCCGCAGCACAAGGAGGUUCCUUCCCCGGGCAAGUCCUCCUCCUCCUCCUCCUCCUCCAGAGUCCCGUCCACUCCCUCCAGCCACUCGUCGGCCUCCAGGGCGGCACAUCCGGCGCCAUCGGCGGCCGUGGCGGCCCUGGCGCUGCCGCCCAACAACCAGAUGAGGACAAACAUCCGCCGCUCGCUGACGGACAUCAUCUACAAGAGGGUGAACGACAGCGACGAUCUGAAGAAGACUGAGAACGAGGUGACGAGGCUGUCCGUCGCCAUCGAGAAGGAAAUGUUCAACCUCUGUCUUAACACCGACAGCCGCUACAAGAACAAGUACAGGUCCCUCAUGUUCAACCUGAAGGACCCCAAGAACAAAGGCUUGUUCUACAGGGUGGUGGGUGGCGAGGUGAGCCCCUUCAGACUCGUGAGACUCAGUGCGGAGGAGCUGCUUUCCAAAGAGAUAUCCGAGUGGAAGAAGCCAGACGGCGCGGAGGCCCAGUCUCCCGGUGCGAGGGGGCAUUCCAAGUCGGGCAGCAGGCACGACACCAGCUCCCACGGCCUGGAUAUGGAGGACGCUCCGCCAACGUCCGAUACAGAUGUAUGUAUCUCUGCCACCGCUUCUUCUUCUACUUCCUCUCGCAUGGCUUCUGCUGCAGACCAGGAUGAGUCCUGCGUCCCUCCUUCAGCGUCGGCUCAGCCCUCGGCUGCGGAGGGGAACAGCGGCAUGCUGGAUAUUUACGGUACCAUGCUCAAAGACACCACCUCUCAACACAGGACUCACCUAUUUGACCUCAACUGUAAAAUAUGCACAGGUCAGAAGUCCGAAGACGAGCCGGCGGCUAAGAAAGCCAAACUGAACAAGAAGCCUGAACCUCGGCCUGCCAGACCGGAGCAGCAUUUGUCAAAGUCGGGGGAUGUCUCCCCCGCCGGCUACGCGCCGGCCCCCACGGCUCACCAGCACCAAGACCCCUCCGCCUACCCGAUCCCCCCGUCCUACCCGACUAACAUGGAGCCGGCGGUCCCAGAAUCGCUGCAGCAGCAGCAGCUGGACCUCAGUUUGCUGGCGCCGCUGGCCCAGGCCCCCGCGCCCAUCAUCAACCCCACCGUGUCCUCCGUCAGCAUCACCCGCAGAGACCCACGCAUGGCGAGGCACAGCGCCGCUGUGACGGUCACCUACCCGCCUCCGGAGAAACCCAUCAACAACUCCGCAGAGCCCCUCCCAGCUCCCAUCGGCGCCCUGGUGGACGUGGCACCCAAGGCGCCGCUGCCAAUGCCCCCGGCUCCACCGUCUGCGGCCAAAACAAGUUCAUCCGUGCCGCCUCCUGAUGGUGAGACGGCAAUCUUCCUCCACGGCCAAGAGAAGAUUUGGAAAGGGUUAAUCCACAUGCCGUCUGUGGCCAAGUUUGUGACCAAGGCGUACCUGGUGUCGGGAUCCUUCGAGCACCUGAAGGAGGAUUUGCCGGACAUCAUUCAUGUCGGAGGACGGAUAUUGCCGAGCAUGGUGUGGGAUUACGUCGGGAAACUCAAAACAUCGCUCUCAAAGGAGCUGUGUCUGAUCCGUUUCCACCCAGCCACGGAGGAGGAGGAGGCGGCGUAUGUCUCUCUGUUCUCGUACUUUAGCAGCAGGAGACGCUUUGGUGUGGUGGCGAACAACAACCGUCGCAUCAAAGACCUCUACCUCAUCCCGCUGAGCUCCAGGGACCCCUUACCCUCCAAACUCUUACCGUUUGAUGGGCCAGGGCUUGAACCAGCUCGUCCAAACCUCCUCUUGGGGCUGCUGAUCUGCCAGAAGGACAGAAAGCGAGCCGCUGCUCCAUUGGAAGCUGAGGAGAAACGCUUCAAGAUGCAGACCAAAGACGCCGAUGACACUGGCCUUCCAAAGCCUUCUCCUCUGGUCAGAACCGAAAGAAGCUCACGGCAGAUUCACGAAAUCCCCUUCAGCACAACUCCUUCAGGGUCACCUCCACUCACCACCUCCGAGACCUCAAGCAGCAGCGUGGCCACCUCCUCCGUCUACUCUUUUCUGUCCUCUAUCAAAGCUACAAGCGCCACCGCCGGCCGGGACUCCCCGUCCUCAUCCAGCUCUAUUGCUUCCUCUGCAGCGACCACUACUCCUCUACAGACCAUUCUCAAAACUCUUUUCGGGAAGAAAAAGCAAGACUCUGAAGCGUCCAACUCUCCGUCUGAUCCGGUUGGUGAACUCUCGGUCCAGGCCUCGACAAUGUUGGACCCUAUUGUGCAGCAGUUUGCGCACAUUUCUAAAGAGAAACAAGUGCAGGAGGACGAAGAUGACCGGCCGUACGAUCCAGAAGAGGAGUAUGACCCCGGUAGUGGCUACAAUUUGCCGAAGAAGCCCGUUGAGGUCGUAAGCAAGCCUGACGCCUCGAAACAGUCCGAUACAAAUGAAGUUGACGAUGUGGCGUACGACCCAGAGGAUGACUCGAUAUUUGAAGAUGUGAAACCGGUCGUACCGAGUCAAUUUCCGGUUGCAACUGAAUUGCUAACUGAUUCCCAAAAAAUCUUAGAAAGCCUUAAACAGAUCGGGGAACAGGCGUUCCUGAAAAAGGUGGAACAGCCGACGUCUUCUACAGGGACACCUAGUGCCUCGUUGACACUCCCCGACGCACUCUUAACUCAAACUACCCAAUCUCUUUUGGCCAAUACUCAGCUCAUGCAGCUUGGCAAAAAGGUUGAGGAACUAGUGAAAGCUUCAUCGAUUUCUCCCUUGAUCAACCAGAAGAGAGAUCCCCGACAGAGCCGGGACCCUCGACAGGCGUCGUCCGGCAAGAAAUCGACCGACGUCCCUGAGGAUCAAGAGGAGACGUCUGCUCUGUCUGUGGAUUCGACUCUUUUCUCACAAGCUGUGGUCCAAGAACCUCCGGUGUCCAAUGUAGCCGAACUCCCGGACUCCUCUCAAGGCCCCGAUACAUCGCUGCCUCGUGAGGAGGUGAAAAGUGAGACGCUACCCUUCAUGCAGUCGAGUGAUGCGGAGGUCGCAAUUCCAUUAUUGGGAGAGGACGUAGACCCCGAUAUGGAGGUCAACUACAUGGAUGAGCCGGAAGUUAAAACUGUGGAAGCUGAGCCGAUCAAGGCAGAAACCGAAUUGGACAUGUAUAGUAUUUGGCCAAACGCUGCAAGUAUUUUAAAAGCUAAUGAGGACUCCGAUUAUGAGGAGAAUAGCCAAGAUGCAUCCAACGCUAGUUAUUAUGACGAGCCCACCUCCACAAUACCUUUGACGAUCCCAGUUCUCACUCAAAGCACAACGAUGGUUGACCCUUCCAAAUCGCUUGAGCCUUAUCACAUGCCGCGUCACAUGUCGGGCUACGACGGCGAGUAUCGACCUCCAGCUGACCUUCCCCAAAUAUCCAACUUCCCCCAUCCGAUGCAAGGACAAAACCUGACGGUAAGGCCUCCGAUGUCUAUGCCUCCACCCAUGCAAGGUCUUCCUCCAAUGUCGGGCCCCCCUUCUAUGCAGAGACCCCCUCCAUCCAUGCAUGUUUCUCCCCUUGUGCGUGGUCCUCUCCCCAUGCAGGUUGACAACAGCCAGCAAUAUGGUCUUCCUCCGACUGCAUACCACCCUCCCUAUCAGAACCAGUGGCCAGGCUCCCAACCACCGCAGCAGCAGCAGCAGCAGCCGCAGCAGCAGCAGCCGCAGCAGCAGCCGCAGCAGCAGCAGCCUCUUUCUGGACCCCCACUCCAGAAUAUCAUGCCACUGAGAGGACCCCCACCAUUCCCUCCAACGGCACAGAGAGGUCUUGCUCCUCAAAUGUUUAAUUCCUCCAUUCCCCCACAGCACAUUGGACAGCAAGGCCUCCCUCCCGGCCUUCCCCCACGUCCUUCUUUUGAUGGACAGAACAGUUUACCCCCACCACGGUUCGCUGGUCCUCCACCACCCUUUAAUUUCCCUGCAAACAGAGGUCCUCCUCCACCUUUCACUGGGCCACCUCCCAGUCACUUUGAAAACAGACUCCCUCCUCCGUCCCACUUCCCAGGGCCCAGGGGUCCCCCACCAUCUCAGUAUAGGGACCAUGGGGCUCAACCCCCGAUUGUGGACCCACCGAGAGGCCCUGCAGAGCACUACAACAGAGACCAUCCUAACUCUUUCAAACUAAGUGUGGACCAGAACCCAAACCCUCUCCAUAUGUUUAAAGACAAUCAUGGUCCCCUGCCAGGUCCAGCAUACCGAGGACCUCCACCUAACCAGUACGAGGACAGAAGAGGCCCACCUUCCAGCAGCGAGAUGAGCGGACAGCACUUCAAUCCACAUAACCAGUACGAAAGCCCCAGACCGCUCUCCUCACCACCACAUCGAGGAUCGUUUGAUGAGCACCGCGGUCUUCUCCUUCAGGAGAAUAGACCCCACCCGUCUCAGAGUUUUGGAGGAUCGGAGCGGUACCGCUUAGAUAGGCACUCUGAUGAGGCUAGACCUGUUCGCCACCCUGAUGAGGCGAGACCUAUUCGCCAACCUGAUGAGGCGAGACCUGUUCGUCAACCUGAUGAGGCGAGACCUAUUCGCCAACCUGAUGAGGCGAGACCUGUUCGCCAACCUGAUGAGGCGAGACCUGUUCGCCAACCUGAUGAGGCGAGACCUGUUCGCCAACCUGAUGAGGCGAGACCUGUUCGCCAACCUGAUGAGGCGAGACCUGUUCGCCACAGUGGGCCUCUACUGCCAACUCCUCCAGACACUCCCCAUGGUCCGCCAAGUCGCCUGGGAACCCACAGUCCUGAUAUGCCACGGGACGACCCCUGGCGCCACCACUCUCCCGAAAUGAUGCGAAGGAGCAGCAUCACCCGAGAGGAAUCAGACCCACGCAUCGGAGAUCGCUUCAGUUUCUUUGAAGGAGUGCACAGAGAACUUGCUCCUGGUCCUUCCCAAACCGCUGAAGAGAGACUGAGGGAGCUGUCUGAGGACUGCCGGAGUGAAAGAGAGCGGGAAGUCCCCCACGAAGGAAGGCCACCAUGGGACAGAGGACAGGGCAAGCGGUGGAGCAGGGAGCGAGAGUGGGAUCGAGCCAGAGAAAGGGACCGCGAUCCGGAGCGUGUCCGAGAAAGAGACCGCGAUCCGGAGCACAGCAGAGAAAGAGACCGCGAUCCAGAGCGUCCUCGAGAAAGAGACCGGGAACCGGAGCGUCCUCGGGAAAGAGACCGCGAUCCUGAGCGUCCAAGAGAAAGAGACCGCGAUCCGGAGCGUCCUCGAGAAAGAGUCCCCGAUCCGGAGCGUCUUCGUGAAAGAGUCCCCGAUCCGGAGCGUCCUCGUGAAAGAGUCCCCGAUCCGGAGCGUCUUCGUGAAAGAGUCCCCGAUUCGGAGCGUCCUCGUGAAAGAGUCCCCGAUCCGGAGCGUCUUCGUGAAAGAGUACCCGAUCCGGAGUGUCCUCGAGAAAGAGUCCCCGAUCCGGAGCGUCCUCGAGAAAGAGUCCCCGAUCCGGAGCGUCUUCGUGAAAGAGUCCCCGAUCCGGAGCGUCCUCGAGAAAGAGUCCCCGAUCCGGAGCGUCCUCGUGAAAGAGUCCCCGAUCCGGAGCGUCCUCGUGAAAGAGUUCCCGAUCCGGAACGUCCUCGUGAAAGAGUACCCGAUUCGGAGCGUCCUCGUGAAAGAGUCCCCGAUGCGGAACGUCCUCGAGAAAGAGUUCGAGAUCCGGACCGCACCCGAGAAAGAGACCACGAUUCGGAGCGUAGCCGGGAGAGAGACCGCGAUCUUGUGCGCGGCCGAGAAAAAGACCGCGAUCCGGACCGCACCCGAGAUAAAGAUCCAGAUCCGGAGCGCACUCGAGAUAAAGAUCCAGAUCCGGAGCGCACUCGAGAUAAAGAUCCAGAUCCGGAGCGCACUCGAGAUAGAGUCCCCGAUCCGGAGCGCGCCCGAGAGAAAGAUCGCGAACCCGAGCGCGCCCGAGAGAAAGAUCGCGAACCCGAGCGCGCCCGAGAGAAAGAUCGCGAACCCGAGCGCGCCCGAGAGAAAGAUCGCGAUCCGGAGCGCGUCCGAGAGAAAGAUCGCGAUCCGGAGCGCGUCCGAGAGAAAGAUCGCGAUCCGGAGCGCGUCCGAGAGAAAGAUCGCGAACCCGAGCGCGCCCGAGAGAAAGAUCGCGAACCCGAGCGCGCCCGAGAGAAAGAUCGCGAACCCGAGCGCGCCCGAGAGAAAGAUCGCGAUCCGGAGCACGUCCGAGAGAAAGACCGCAGCAGAGCGAAGGAGGGCGAGAGGCACAGGGAGACGGAGGGAGAGCGACACAAGGAUCAAGACACCGAUAAGAGGAGGGACCGCGAGAAGGACCGACCCAGGGAUUCUGACAGGAGGGAUUCUGACCGCGACAAAGGGAGAAACCGGGAUCGAGAACGCGAACGGGAUCGAGACCGGAGACGGGACAGAUCUCGAAGCCGGGACCGGGACCGCGGGAAAGACAGGGGCAAAGACAGGGAGAAAGAUAGAGACAAGGACAGGGACAAGGACAGGGACAGGGAUCGUCGGGACAGGAGCAGAACUAGAGAAAAGAAAGAGGAGAAAAAAGACAGUAAAACUGAUACAACCAAGAAGGGCGAGAAACCUGCAGAAAAUGAGAAGAACGCGUCCUAGUGCCGGUUUUAUUGACACUACGCGGUGGUUUUGAGACGCGGUUGAGAUCCAGUUGUCUCACUGUAAAUGGAGAUGAGCAGUAUUUCGUUAUUUCCACAUUUGUGUUAGUGCUAGAAGAAAAAAACGGUUUGACACGGUUUGUAUUUUUUUUUUGUCGCUUAAAGGUUUCUAACUUUGUUUUAUCACAUUUGAAAAAUGAAAACGAGCGCCGUCGAAGUUGCUCGUCGACAAGAUGUAGGUCACUGAAUCCUAUGACUUGUGUACCUUUCUCCUGUACAAGCAGGUUUUUUUUAAAAAAGAAAAUUAUGUAACUGAGUAACACACUAUUUGCAAUAUGUAAAUAUGAAUGUAUUUGUGUAUAUACUGAUGUUUUUAAUCAUACUUUUCUAAGUAGAGAAAAUAAAAGCCAUAUAUCUGAGAUGGAUAAUGUGAAGGUUAAGGAAACACUGUUUACACACAACGUGUGUGUGUGUUUAUAUGUCCAGCAGCGUUGAACUUAAAGGCUCCGGCUAUCUACAGUAUACAUCCUCAUCUAUGGUUGUUCAUGACAUGUCCUGAUUUUCUUUGAGUGCGACCAAUUAAACCCGGUUUAUGAAAUGCG